CUUUAUGUCCACGCAACGACUAGACUCUGAUUUGAUGCUUUGUAGCGUGGUAGACACCUCAUAGAAUCAAAACAACGCAACGAAGCUAUACGCGAAAGUUGCAGAUUUCAAACAUCAUGCCUGUGGCAGCUACCGGCACAGAGCAUGCAGUGCCGCAGAUGCUGGACACACUGAGUGACAGCACCAGCUCUGCCACUGCCACUGCCAAUGACCUGGACCUCAUCUUCCUCAAGGGCAUCAUGGAGAGCCCUAUGAGUGCAGAGAGUCUGGAGGAGACACGGCUGGAGGCCGUGAGGGACAAUAAUGUGGAGCUGGUGCAGGACAUCCUGAGAGAGUUGAGCCCCUUUACACACCGCAGCAACACCGCCGCAGAGCUGUCACUCAUUCUCAACCAGCCGCACUUCCAGUCUCUGUUGGAGACCCAUGACUCUGUGGCCUCUCAGACGUGUGAGACUCCGCCCCCGAGCCCCUGCGCUUUCAUGGAGACGCCCAUCAACAGCGUACCCGUGCCAGCUGAUGCCAUCCGGAUGGUGGGCAUCCGCAAAGUGGCUGGAGAGCACUUGGGUGUGACGUUCCGUAUUGAGAACGGAGAGCUGGUGAUUGCACGUAUUCUCCACGGGGGGAUGAUCGACCAGCAGGGUCUGCUCCACGUGGGUGACAUCAUCAAAGAGGUGAACGGGAGAGAGGUGGGCGACGACCCUCGUGUGCUGCAGGAGAUGCUACAGGAGACCAGCGGCAGUGUGGUGCUCAAAAUCCUUCCCAGCUACCAGGAGCCACAUCCCCCGAGACAGGUUUUUGUAAAGUGCCAUUUUGAUUAUGACCCUGCCAAUGACAACCUCAUCCCUUGCAAGGAGGCGGGACUGAUGUUCUUAAGUGGAGACAUUCUGCAGAUUGUGAACCAGGAAGAUGUGAACUGGUGGCAGGCACGUCGUGUAGAGGGAGGCAGUGCUGGCCUGAUUCCCAGUCAACUCCUGGAGGAGAAGAGGAAAGCUUUUGUGAAGAGAGAUGUUGAGCUGUCACCAGCAGCCAAUCUCUGCACUGGAAUGGUUGGCAAGAAGAAGAAGAAAAUGAUGUACCUGACUACAAAAAAUGCAGAUUUUGACAGGCAUGAGAUACUGAUCUAUGAGGAGGUUGCAAAAGUCCCCCCGUUCCGCAGGAAGACUCUGAUUCUGAUGGGCGCACCUGGAGUGGGCCGACGAAGCCUGAAGAAUAAGCUGCUAGUGUCAGACCCUCAGCACUACGGCACCACCAUCCCCUACACCUCUAGGAAGCUCAAACCAGCAGACAGAGAGAAUAUGAUGUACGCCUUCACAUCCCGGAGUAAGAUGGAAGCUGAUAUUAAAGCUGGUCACUAUCUUGAACAUGGUGAAUAUGAUGGUAACCUCUACGGCACCAAGAUUGACUCCAUUCAUGAAGUAGUGGAGGCUGGACGCAUCUGCAUCCUGGACAUCAACCCACAGUCCCUAAAAGUCCUCAGGACAUCAGAGUUUUUGCCAUAUGUGGUGUUCAUCAAAGCCCCUGAGUUUGAGGUGCUUAAGACCAUGAACAGAUCUGGGAUUGAGGCAGGAGUGGCGAUUAAACUUCGAACAGACGCAGAGCUAAAGAGGACAGUGGAUGAGAGUGCCAAGAUUGAAAGAGUGUACGGACACUACUUCGACCUCACUAUAGUGAACGACGAUUUGGAACAGUCGUACAGGACCCUCCAAUCCUCCUUAGAGCAGUUAAAGGGAGCUCAGCAGUGGGUUCCGGUUGGGUGGGUCUUUUAGAGCUCAGUAUAGCAGCUAUUGUAUGUUUCAUGUGCCACUUUAUAUAUCAGUGCUACCUGGUUUAUAUCAUCAACCUUGUUCCAAGGGUGUACACUGAUCGGAGAGAUGCAGGUGUUAGUGUGUCUGUGAAAUCACCAUCUCUCCAAAGACAUCCUGAUACAAACCUCAAAACCAGAAUAUCUUGUGUCAGAAUUUAGCCACAGACUUUGUCACAAAAUCUUUUUGUUUACAGCCUGAGUAUUAUUUACAUUUCUGCUCAAACACAUUUUGAAGGUAAAGACUCAUUUGUGAAUUUUACAUACAAAAAAUAUUAGUCUUAAUCUGUUUUUUUUUUGCCAAGUAAAAAUAAUCCCAUAAAGAAUAAGAUAAAUUUACUUCAGACACAACAUUGUGUAAGAUACAAAUAUAUUUUACUUUAAUUAAUCUUUAAUAAUUUGAUACCCCAUUAGCACAUAAUUUUUGUUAGUUUAAGCAUAAACAUAACACACAUUUUGUUAUUUAUGUUUAAAUCAAUUUAAAAAAAUAUAUAUAUAAACAAUAGAAUAUCUGAACUUUUGUUCAAAGGUUUAGUUUUUUUGAAAGUUUUAAUUUGCAAGAAUGGAUUAGGUUGGUUAAAAGUAACAGUAAAAACAUCUAUAAUGUUACAUAAGAUUUCUGUUUCAAAUAAAUGCUGUUCUUUUUACAUUUUCUAUUCAUCAAAAAAUGGGAAAAAAAAUGUAUCACUGU